UCCCCCAAGAAGGUUGGUGAUGAUAUUGCCAAAGCCACGGGUGACUGGAAGGGGCUGAGGAUCACGGUGAAGCUCACCAUCCAGAACAGGCAAGCUCAGAUAGAGGUUGUUCCUUCUGCCUCUGCUCUGAUUAUCAAAGCUCUGAAGGAGCCUCCUCGUGACAGGAAGAAGCAGAAAAACAUUAAGCACAGUGGCAGCGUCAGCUUUGAUGAGAUAGUGAACAUUGCACGGCAGAUGCGGCACAGAUCCCUGGCUCGAGAGCUCUCAGGGACGAUCAAGGAGAUUCUUGGAACUGCCCAGUCUGUGGGCUGCAGCAUUGAUGGCAGGCACCCACAUGAUAUCAUUGAUGACAUCAAUAAUGGUGCAAUUGAGUGCCCGGCUAGCUAAGGCUGCAGAAAAGAAGUUGCCAUAUGAAGACUUCAUAAGUUUUUUGUAGCACCUUAAAUACUUAAUAAAAGACCCAGUUGUUUGC